UCGCGCCCGGUUGUAAGAUGGCUGCUGCCGCCCAGCAGCCACCGCCCCGGAGGUUUCUUUAGAGCCUGAGGCUUCCGCGCAUUCCCGUUUACGACCGCCGCCUCCUUACCAUGAAGCCAGUGAGUCGCCGCACCCUGGACUGGAUUUAUUCAGUGUUGCUGCUUGCUGUCGUUUUACUCUCCUGGGGAUAUGUCAUCUAUGCCUCAACAGUAGCUGCUCAAAGACAGCUAAGGAAAGAAUACCCAGACAAAAUCUUCGGGAUGAAUGAAAACUUGUAGUUCUUUUGGAUUUAAUUAUCUGCAAUACAAUUCUUUUCUUCAUGCUUAUCUGACACCUAUGUAGAUUUAAAAGUAAAAUCCACACUUCCCAGAU